GAAAAAAAGUGCAACUGGACGAAACAGAACUGAAAAAUAGAGAUGCUUUUCAGUCUAAUCUUUCAGCUUAUAAUCAGAGCGCAAAAAUAUCACAAGCAUUGCUGCCAAAACUAUAUCCAAACGAGUAUUUGUCGGGAGGGCAGAAGAAACCCAGACAGAAAUAAGUUUACAACCCUUUUCUUGCCCUCCUUUCCCAAGAUUGCUCUGAGAUAUACCCCAUCCUCUGAAGUCUUGAGAUAUGAACAAUGACCAUAGUUAACAAGCCAAAAUCUUCAAAAUCUAAAAAGUCAUCAUCCAGACGGUCUGGCAAAUCAAAGAAACCCCGUACUAAAAAAAUGAAGUCACGCACCGCAAAUUGGGGUCGGGUACCACCUGCAGAAGAUCCAAACCAAGUCUCCGUGGACCAAGGACCGGGAGGUGCUAUUUAUUGUAGAUCAUCUGAAAAAUCUAAGCCUUUUGCCCAAAGAGAUCUAAUCGUUAAUGACGGAAUUGCUCCGCCGCAAAGGAUUCUUUUUCCACCUGAGAAGAUUUGUAUGGAUUGGCAGCAAACACAAAGUGUUGGAGUUGGACUCUACAACCUUGGCAAUACGUGUUUCCUCAAUUCCGCUCUACAAUGUUUGACUUACACACCCCCUCUCGCCAAUUACAUGCUUUCUCUUGAACACACCCAAUCAUGUCGUGAGCAAGGCUUCUGCAUGAUGUGCACAAUGGAAACUCACAUUAAUCAGGUCCUGUGUUGCUCUGAUGAUGCCAUCAAACCUACACCUGUCAUCAAUGACCUUAGACGAAUAGGAAAACAUUUCCGUUUUGGCAGUCAGGAAGAUGCACAUGAAUUCUUACGCUACACCGUUGAUGCUAUGCAGAAAGCUUGUUUAAAUGGAAGCACCAAAUUAGACAGAUCUUCUCAAGCUACCACAGUCAUUCAUCAAAUAUUUGGAGGAUUUCUAAGAUCCAGAGUAAAGUGCUUGAACUGCAAAGCAGUUUCGGAUACCUACGAGGCAUUCCUUGAUAUCACUUUGGAUAUAAAGGCAGCUUCAUCUGUCACCAGAGCUCUAGAACAAUUUGUGAAACCUGAACAGCUGGAUGGUGAAAAUUGCUAUAAAUGUAGCAAGUGUAAAAAGAUGGUUCCUGCAUCGAAGAGGUUUACGAUACAUCGUUCUUCCAAUGUUCUCACAAUAUCCCUGAAAAGAUUUGCAAAUUUCACUGGUGGAAAGAUCAACAAGGAUGUAAAAUAUCCUGAAUAUUUGGAUCUUCGAGCGUAUAUGUCUCAGUCAAUUGGAGAACCACUGCUCUAUGCCUUAUAUGCAGUCCUGGUACACAGUGGUGUUAACUGUCAUGCAGGACACUAUUUCUGCUACAUAAAGGCUGGUAACGGACUUUGGUACCAGAUGAAUGAUGCCUCUGUAGUCCUUUGUGACAUCAAAACAGUUCUCAGUCAGCAAGCUUAUUUACUUUUUUAUAUCAGGCGUUAUGAUUUGACACUUGGAGAACGUGCUUUUUACUUACCAGCACCGUCUUACCCCCGUUCAUUCCUUGGUCAGCGGGGGGCUAAUAAUAAGCAGACUGGAUUUAUGGGACCACGACUUCCUCCUCACAUGAUUAAGAAUUCAAGUCGUUUAAAUGGAAAUGGAUCGCUAAAAGAGGAUCCAAAUACCAUUGGUGUCACCCUGAAAAGGCCAUCUUCAGCUCCACCAACAGCUUGUGUUCAAAACUGGGCAAUAACCAGGCCUUCAAUUACUGAUCCCUCAAAAAAACAGAAGAUCACUAUCAGUAUUCAUAACAAAUUGCCUGCACGUCAGACUGUGUCUCAGCCUGACUCUCUUAGCAGUGCUGUGGAGGAUGAGGAUCUAAGCAAGCCUGUUCCUUCAUCCACAAUUACGAAUUCUUCUGCAGCAGAGUCUACCUCAAAUGCAUCUACAAUGUCAGUUGCUACUAACGUUUCCAAACAAGAAGUUCCUGAGGAAAUUUUUGUCGAGCCAGCAGUGAAUGGAAAUCCUAAACUCAGCUCUGAUAACACAGUCCCUUACGGUGCAGAAUCUUCAGGAAAAUCUGAGGAGGAGUCGAAGGGCUUAUUUAAAAGGAAUUGCAACGUAAUAUCUUCUAAUGGAAUUUUGAUUGGAAAGGUAGUCCGUACAUUGCAGAAUUCCCAUUCUUCCUGUCAGAAUGCUGAAGAAGAAAGAUCCCAGCAUGAGCUGCCAAAAAAUGAUACAUUAAAUGGUGCUAUUAGUUUAGAUAAUGAAUCUAAAGAAAAUGGACUGAAACUUGAUGAUUCCACUUGCCAAGUACAACCUGUUAAACCUUCAGAGAUUUUCUUUUCUAAAACAAAUGGAUUGCUAGAAACAAUGCCUAUAGGUUUGCCUCCAGUCCCUCAAGAAAUAAUCUUAGAAUCCCUCACAUACAGCCAGUUGAACAGCUUAUCAGAAGAAAUAAGUGUCCCUGGACCUCCAAAAUCUUCUGAGAGUGAUGCUCUUAUGGAAACUGUCGUGAUGGAAGCACUGUUUGUCUAUGAAGAAUCCAGGAAGGUUCCUUCUGACUUUAGCUGUGAGGUCGAGAAUCUUUUUGUUCAAUCAGAUUCUGAAACCGUUUCUACCAAAGAAGAAGUUGCUGAAAGUAUUGUAGCAAAAGCUGAUAAUGCACAUCCCAAUAUCAAUGGCCAGCACAAGGUCAGGAAAAGAUCCUUGGAUGCUGAAGAUGAAUUCCUUGGGCAGUGUGUGUCUGAAGACAGUGCAGACAAAGACAAACCAAGAAGAUCAAAAGAGUCCGAACUCAUUUCAAAAGAAAAUCCUUUGUACAUCAAAGGGUCUCCUGAGACUGAAGAGAAAUUAGGGCAAACUUCCUCUAUAAAGUCUGACAUUGAAUGUAGUUCUAAAAAACUUGCAUCUCUAGAUAUUACAGAUAAAUGCCAAGAUACGAAGGACAUUUCUAGCAACUAUAUAGAAGUACCGCCUGUUAAUGACUCUUCAAUUACAAAGCUGGAUAAAGUUUUGGAGAGUCAAUUUUCUAGAGACAGUGAGGGACUGAGUAAUAAAAAAUGUGAAGAAUACAAGCAUAGGAAAAAAUACAAGAAAAAAAUAUAUGACUCUAAAAAAACUGAUAAAGAGCACUACCGAAGGAAGAGAGAGCACUCUGACACUGAAGAGAGGGAGAAGCAAAACAGAAGCAAAACGGAUGGUCAUUCUCACAAGAGGAGGUGCUCUCGCAGUGUGGAAACAAAUAAGCAAAAUCGUCAUAAGCAGGAGUACUGCAAUGGAAGCAAGUACAGAUCUUCCCAUAAUGAAAGAAACAGCCCUGAUAAUGGCAGAAGCUCAGGAAAAUAUCCUCGUUACAGAUCCCGAAGCAGAGGAAGAACAGAACAAGACAGAAAUAGGUAUUAUCAUUCCAAAGGAGAGCGAACUUGGAGCAGAGAAAGAUACUAUCAAGAUGAACCACGGAGAUGGGAAAAAUGUAGAUACUACAACGAUUACUAUUCCUCUCAUGCAACAAGAGAUGGUAGAGAGAGAAAGUUCUCUCAUUGCGAUAAAGACUUUGACAAAUCAAGUCAAGCUUACAACAACAGGUCACAUAAGGAUUAUCAUUACAAAAGCAGAUGGCUUCACAAUUCGCUCUCGAGAGAGGAAGAGGUGCAUCACUUUAGCAGUCACAGAGCAGACUCGCAUCAUUGUUCGGUGCCUCAGCAGCAAUCUGAAAAAUAUUCUCGUGAAAGACACGCACUUCCACCUGUGUCAGUUCACUCAAAUUUUGAGGACUCCUCUCAGAAAGAUGAAAAAGAAAGAAACAGAAAAAGAAAAUAUUCCCGUGCAGAGGGGAGCGAAAGCGAAAUAGAAAAGAAACGCAGAAAGAUAGAAAAGGAGCUUUCAGGUGAUCAAAAACUGAAAAAAUACAAGAAGGUCAAGAAGAAAAAGAAGUCCAAAGAUAAACAUCGAGAGAAGGAUUACAAACUUUAUGAUUUGGAUUUCUCUGUGCUCCACUUUGACAAUGACAAUCGCAAACGUAAGAAAAAGAAGAAAAAGAAGAAACACAUCAGGAAACUGAAAGGCUUCUUGGAAUACUUAGACCCUCGUUUCCAGAAAAAAACACGGGAGAAGAAGGAAGAAUCCCGUCCUCCAGAUGGCUAUUUAUGUGAGCAAUACAGAAACCAGGGCAGUAAACAACUCUACAAGGAAGGGAAGCCUUCCAGUGCUGGUGAAAGCAAGAAAUAUAAUUCCAUCGCAUCCAGCGAGUAUAUUAAAGAUAACUGAAGUAAUCCCUGAAGAAGACAGCUCACUAUCCAAAGGCAAGUUUUAUUCUUAGAUUUGCUGUGUUUUAUGCCUACCCAGAAUUUAACAACUGGUUUAACUGUCAGUGACAGUCCAGCGUUGAAAAAUCUCAUUCAAGCAUAGAGAACACAGGACCUUCAUCUUCUUGCAUUACAGCUGAAUUCAUUUCAACAUUUGAGAAGUUUAAUCUUGGAAUAAAUUUUCGUUUUCAAAAAUUCCUUGUGAUUUCCACUUUGAGGUAAAUUGCCACAGUCAGAUGAUAAAUUCUUGCACGGAAAAGUCUGCUCAGGACAGAGAGGAAGUGCAGUUGUUGAAAAAAACAACAUGAUUGUAUUUUAGGGCAUUUGUGAAAUGAAGUUUGUCAAAUACUAGUCUUGCAAGUACAGGCAUUUUUAAUGAUAAGGCUGUAAAAAAAAAUCCUGAUUGUUCUAAAUUUUAAGUGUCUCUAUUCUAGAUGAUAAAUCAGGAACAGGACCGAAGAAAUUGCAUCUGGUCGAAUACUCUUUUGGCUUUACUAAAUUCUCUGACCAGCAGAUGGCAAACUUGUUUUUUUUCUAAAACAGUCAAAAGCGUAGGAAGAAAGCAAGUGUUUUGCAUCCAGUAACACAAGUCAGGUGCAUUGAGAUUACCGGGCUGUGUAGGUGAACGAGAUGUUCAUUGAUAAAUACAACAAUAAUACCCCACUUGCAACACAAGUAGGAUAGAACUGGGGGCUAUGCAAAGCGAUUGUGGUAAGUAUAAGAAUUUUAGUUUUUCAUCAGAUGUUAGAUUUAUUCCUCUUGUGGAAGGUGGGUCUUAAAAAAAAGGUCUCUCUUAAAUAGGAUUUUAUGAAUGAUGGGAUCUAAUCUCAAAAAAAGCUGCUUAGGCCGUGUGUUCCUACAGGGUAUUGAACCUCUCAGCUAAGCUAGGGCCAGACUAGGAACAACUGAGAAGGAAUUGUAAGGCUGUGCCUUUUUGCCUGGACUCACGUUACUUUGAAGAAAUCAAGAAGGAUGAAAUUACCUAGUGAUAACUUGUGAUUGAAGGAUAGAUAGAUGAGAGAAGGAGCAGCUUUAAAGCAGUUAGUUUGUUUAUUAGUUCCUGCGUUCCUGCAUGUUUUUUCCUAGCAGUUUACCAAAGGCUCCUGAUGUUUGUGGGUAAGAUUUGGUCAGCUUGACCACCAGAUCAUUAGUAAAACAAGAAUGGUGAACACGUUAAACCUCUAGGCACAGCUCCAACCAUAUUCAACUUACCUAAGGUCUACCAUCUGCUAUUAAAGCAGGUAGCUUUGUCCGAAUCUUCCGUACACUGCACCAAUCUUACUGAAUUGCAGUCAGCUUUAAUGCAAGGGUUUUGGAAUUCCUCCUCUCGAGUCAGUUCAGUCCUGUAGUCACAGAGCAGAUCAAGCUGUAGGCAGGGUCAAGUCUUCACUGUUUAGAAAUCAAACCACUGAGCCAGACAGUUUUAUGUUGAGUACCACAACAUGGAAUGACAUUGCUUCCUUUUGUUUUUCAGAUGCGGAGCUUACUGAUGGAAGCCUUCAAUACUCAAACUAAACCUACCAUCAAAACCAACAACCUACUUACCAUCAAAACCAACAACCUACUUACCAUCAAAACCAACAAACAAACAUCAUCACAACAAUACUAACCAUCAAAACGUAAAAUUAUCAGAACAAUAAAAUUACCAUCAAAGCAAAACCCAAUCAUAAGUGGUGCUUCAGAUUUCUGUACAGAAUUUUACCAUGAAAGAACUUUUUUUUAGUUUUUAACUUGAGACUUUCUUUUUUAAAAUGUACUUGUAAUCCAAAAGGGUGGAAACUUUCUACAACUGCUGAACAUUGUAAAUUACCGUGUAAAUAUCUCACUGAAAAUAAUGCCCUGGAAUAGAACAUCUCAAAUGCUGCUUAAUUACAGACUCAGGUUGAUUGUGUGUUAUUCAUGUAAUGUUACUCCAAGUUAGACAUCUGGUGCAAGAGAGACCAGGAAACCACGGAAUUAUAAAAAUUGCAACUGACAGUCUGUAUAUUUAAUUUAAAGACUUAUUUAAAAAUUUCACAAGCUCUCAAAUAACUAGUGUUUUGCAAGAGCUUCAUCUUUUUUCUGUGAUGUCUGACACUAGAAACUAAUUUACUUCACGUUUUUAGUUAUAUUCAAGAUGAUCUGAAGAAAAUGUUCUGGUUUUCAACAGUGUGAAACAUACUGAUCAGAAUAUACUGUUCUGAAUGUAUCUCAGACUAUUUGUAUACUCUCCCAUAUGUUUUUAUUACAUUUUUUUAUAUAGUGUCACUUGUCUUGACUUAGUCUCAGUUGUCUGUUUUGUCCCUCUAAAGUUUCUAGUUACAGACAAAUUCAUACUGUGAUUUUUAUUUUUAUUAUUAAAUGCUAUCAAACUGUGAUGCACUUAUUAUUCACUGGUCCUGCAUCAGGAGAUGAGUGGGGAACCUGUAUUAAAUACAGUUCAUCUGAAUAAUCUGUCUGGUUUAUACAAGCUGUGUUGUUCAGAGAUGUCUAAAGUUUGAUCUUUGUUUUUUUAAAGAUAAAAAGCACUUGCCCCACUGUAAAUAUAUAGCAUGUAAAAUUUAUAUAGUAUAUAAAUACAGCAAAGUUAAAAUGGAUUUUACUUGAGUUUUACUUGAGUUAUUUAACAUGCAAUAUGUCAUGUGAAUUGACAGCUUUCAGAGUGUGUUUGAUAAUCAAGAAAUCAGAUCUUCCUUUCAGUGGUAGGUGAGAAGAUGCUGUUGGUGUGACCCAGAGAAGAUAAGUAAACUUGGGACUUCAACUGCCUAGACAAGAAUGCAGAAGUCUUUCUCCUUUGAAGUUAAAAGCUUCCAAAAAGGUUGAAAGCUCAGCUGUAGCUUUCCACUGUGUGUGACACUAAGAAAGGAGCAAAGUUAAUGUUUUACUAAAUACUUAAAGUAAUAUUUUGGUACAUGGAGAACACCAUAAAGCCAAACCAUAAGUGUACCCUGCAUAAUGUUCCUAUGGCAACAGUUAUGUGAAGUUACAUAAAGUAACAUG